AUGGGCUCCAAAAAAAGUGCAUCUUCAAGGCACCAGCCUCUGAGCUCCUAUGAAGUCAUGUUUGCAGCUCUGUGUGUCAUGUUGCUGUUGCUCUGUGCUGCUUUAAUUGCAUUGUCCUGGCUGGUAAUCGAGAAAUCAGGAAAAGAUGAAGCAUUUGAAGAAGGUCAUGAAACCAGAGGGAUGUUUAAAAUAAUAUCCGGAGCUACAUAUAAUGUUAGUUUACAAGACAAACGCUCAGUGGAUUACAAAAUUCUUGCUUUUGACCUUCAGCAAAUGAUAGAUGCGAUCUUUCAAUCAAGUAAUCUGAGGAACAAAUAUAGAAGCUCAAGGGUUUUACGAUUUGAAAAUGGCAGCAUUAUAGUCCUAUUUGACCUUUUUUUUGCUCAGUGGGUGUCAGAUGAAAAUGUAAAAGAAGAACUGAUUCAAGGCAUUGAAGCAAAUAAGUCCAGUGAACUGAUGAUUUUCCAUAUUGAUUUGAACAGCGUUGAUAUCGCAGGCAACGCCUCGAUUAUGUGCCAACCUGGUUUGAGGCCUUGUGCUGAUGGUCUGCAGUGUGUAUCAACUGAUUUAUUUUGUGAUGGAGAAAUAAACUGUCCAGAUGGCUCUGAUGAAGACAGUAAUAUUUGUGCCACAGCUUGUGAUGGAAGGUUUUUGCUGACUGGGUCAUCCGGGUCUUUCCAGGCUUCCCAUUAUCCAACGCUGUCUACAACACCUAUUGUUUGCCAGUGGAUCAUAAGUGUAAACCAAGGACUUUCAAUUGAACUAAGCUUUGAGUCCUUCAGCAUAAACUAUAGAGAUUUGCUAAAUAUUUAUGAAGGUGUAGGAUCAAGCAAGAUUUUAAGAGCUUCUCUUUCUGAAACUGAUCCUGGCACAAUCAGAAUUUUUUCCAACCAAGUUACUGUCACCUUUCUCAUCGAAUCUGAUGAAAUUGAUUACAUUGGCUUCAAUGCAUCAUAUUCUGUAUUUAAUACCAGUGGGCUUAAUAAUUAUGAAAAAAUAAACUGUAAUUUUGAGGAUGGCUUCUGUUUCUGGGCCCAGGACCUAAAUGCUGACAAUGAAUGGGAAAGAGUUCAAGGAAGUACCUUCCCUCCCCUCACUGGGCCAGACUUCGACCACACUUUUGGCAAUACUUCAGGAUUUUAUAUUUCUACACCAACUGGCCCAGGAGGAAGAAGCGAAAGAGUGGGACUUCUAAGCUUACCCUUAAGUCCCUCUUCGAAUCCAGUCUGCCUUAGUUUCUGGUAUUAUAUGUAUGGUGACUAUGUCUACAAAUUAAGCAUUAAUAUUAGCAGUGAUGAAACCAUGGAGAAGACUGUUUUCCAGAAGGAAGGAAAUUAUGGACAACAGUGGAAUUAUGGACAAGUAACAUUAAAUGAAUCAGUGGAAUUUAAGGUUGCUUUUAAUGCUUUUAAAAACCCAAUGCUGAGUGAUAUAGCACUGGAUGACAUUAACCUAACAUAUGGAACUUGCAGUGAGAGUCUGUAUCCAGAACCAACUUUGGUUCCAACUCCUCCACCAGAGCUUCCUACAGACUGUGGAGGACCUUUUGAAUUAUGGGAGCCAAAUACAACCUUCAGUUCUCCAGGCUUUCCAAACAGCUAUCCUAAUCAGGCUUUCUGUGUUUGGAUUUUAAACGCACAAGAGGGAAAAAAUAUACAACUUCAUUUUCAAGACUUUGACUUGGAAAAUACUGCAGAUGUAGUUGAAAUCAGAGAUGGAGGAGAAGAUGAUUCCUUGUUCUUAACUGUGUAUACAGGACCUGGUCCAAUGAAGGAUGUGUUCUCUACCACCAACAAAAUGACUGUACUUUUCAUCACUGAUAAAUCAAUGACAGGAAGGGGAUUUAAAGCCAACUUUACUACUGGUUAUCACUUGGGAAUUCCAGAGCCCUGCAAGGAAGGUGAGUUUCAGUGUAAAAAUGGAGAGUGUAUUCCACUGGAGAAUCUGUGUGACAGCCACCCACACUGCCAGGAUGGUUCAGAUGAAGCACAAUGUGUGCGUCUUCUCAAUGGCACCACAACCAACAGUGGACUGGUGCAGUUCCGAAUUCAGAGCAUUUGGUAUGUGGCCUGUGCUGAGAACUGGACCACCCAGAUUUCAAAUGAAGUUUGUCAGUUGCUGGGUUUAGGGACCGAAAACUCAUCAACACCAACAUUUUCGACUGUAGGAGGCCCAUUUGUAAAGUUAAACACAGCACCCAAUGACAGCUUAAUACUAACACCCAGUGAACAGUGCUUACAGGAUUCUCUGAUAUUGUUGCAAUGUAACCAUAAAUCAUGUGGAAAACGAUUGGUGGAUCAAGAAGUUAGUCCAAAGAUUGUUGGAGGAACUGAUGCCAAAGAAGGGGCCUGGCCCUGGCUUGUUGGUCUCUCUUAUAAUGGCAAGCUAAGCUGUGGUGCAUCUCUAGUCAGCAGCGAUUGGGUGGUGUCUGCUGCACACUGUGCAUAUGGAAGAAAUUUAGACCCAUCUAAGUGGAGCGCAUUCCUAGGCAUGCAUGAGACCUCAGAUCUGACUUCUCCUCAUGUAGAAACUCGGCUGAUUGAUCAAAUUGUCAUAAACCCUCACUACAAUAAACGGACAAAGGACAGUGACAUUGUCAUGAUGCAUCUUGAAUUUAAAGUGAACUACACAGAUUAUAUACAACCUAUUUGCUUACCAGAAGAAAAUCAAGUUUUUCUUCCAGGAAGGAAUUGUUCUAUUGCUGGCUGGGGAGCCCUUUAUUAUGGAGGUCCUACUUCAGACAUCCUGCAAGAAGCUAAUGUUCCUCUUCAAUCAAAUCAGAAAUGCCAGCAACAGAUGCCAGAGUAUAACAUUAGCCAAAAUAUGAUAUGUGCAGGCUAUGAAGAAGGAGGGACAGAUUCUUGUCAGGGAGACUCAGGAGGACCACUGAUGUGCCAAGAAAACAACAGAUGGUUCCUUGUUGGUGUGACAUCGUUCGGAUACCAGUGUGCACGACCUAAUCGCCCAGGGGUGUAUGUUUUGGUCUCAAGAUUCACACAGUGGAUACAGAGUUUUCUAAAUUAGAGUGUUUUUGAAAGCAAAAAUGAACAUGGUCCACUUUUCACAUUGCAUUCCAAGGAUCUGGAAAUAAACAUCUACUAUGAAAACAAUUAUUAAAAGAUUUUAUUUUUACCUAAGCCACUGAAGAACAAGGGCAAGAGGGAUGAACAAAAUAAAUAAUUGUAAUUAAUUUUU